UGUGUGAUUUUUUUCAAUGGACAUAGAGUUAGCAAAGUGUGAAUGUUGUGGACUAAAAGAAGAUUGUACACAAGACUACAUUAGUCAAGUUAAAGAAAAUUUUGAUGGAAAAUGGCUAUGUGGACUUUGUUCAGAAGCAGUUAGAGAUGAAGUUAACAGAGGAAAACAACAAUUUCUUUGUAUGGAAGAUGCUGUUAAAGCACAUAUGUCAUUUUGUAGAAAAUAUAAAUCAAAUCCAGCAAUUAAAGUAGCUGAUGGAAUGAGACAAAUGUUAAGAAGAAGGUCUGAUUUAACAUCAUCAUCAUCAAAUUCAUCUAAUUCCAAGAAGUAUUCAAGAUCAACAAGUUCUAUCUCCUAUUAUUAAUUACGUU